UCCGUACCUUGCGCUCUUGUGUUCUUGACUUUUCACAACCAACAGCUUUGUCGCAUUCCAAACUUUAUAUCGAAGCCAGAGAGAAACGCUAGUGCUCAUCAAUCAUGUCUACCCAAGAAGAGCAGUCGGCGUCCAUGAACGCAGAAGGUGGCCUCAACGCCGGCGCCAAUGCAUCCGGAAGCGCCCAAGCCAACAGCAAAACCACCAAGCGGACGCCAAAGAAACUGGGAUCUCAGAAACCGCCGCAACAACAGCCGACACCUUCUCCAGAGGAUGGCGACGCCGACGCCGACGCCGAUGCGGAUGCCGGCGCCGAGCAACAGGCUUCUGCUGAAGCGGAGGGAGAGGAACCACAACAGCAGCGCCAGCAAUCUCGUCGACGUCAAAGCCGCGGUCGCGGACGGAAAGGCAGCGCCGCUUUACAGGAGAGUGACACCGAAUCUGUCGCUCGCAGCGACGUGAGUGCAUCGGGAGGUCGCCGUCAGAGACAGCGAGCGAAGAAGCAGGGCGCCAAAGGCGGCAAGGGCGGUCCUCUCGACGACAUCACCGAGCAGGUUCCUGGAGGUGAAAUGGUCGGUCAAGCUGGUGAUCUCGUGCAGAAUACCGCUGGAGACGCAGUCAAUCAGGUCGGCGACACUGCGGGCAAGGCACUUGGUGGAUUGACGGGCGGCGGCAAGAAGGAAGAGGGCAAGGAAGAGGAAGGCGGUGGAGAGCAGCUGCGCUUGAGGCUGGAGCUCAAUCUUGACAUUGAGAUUCAGCUCAAGGCGAAGAUCCACGGUGAUCUUACACUUGGACU